CAAGCUACUCAAGCUGUGAUGGGUUUGAAGAGUUAUGAAAACUUUUUAGGCUCUAACUUGACGCUUUCGAUAGUUCUCUACAAAGACGUAAGAAACCUUUCAGAAGUGAGAAAACUGGUCAUUGAAGGAAAGUUUGAGGCAGCGCUUAUUAAACCCAGUGUUGUUGUGGACCCUUUUCAAGUGCUGGUAGCAGUCAACAAGGCAGUUCACCUUCACAGUAACAACAAGAAGUAUACCAGAACUCUGCAUUCAGAAAUCUUGUACAGCUUGGCUCCCUCAAAGAAUAUCUCGGACUCCUACAAGAAGUUUGGUGUCACAGAUCAGGAGACUUCAGUGCUUAUUGUCUCACUGGCUGAAGAGAGCACCAAGCCUCAAGACUUCCUUAGUGUGAUUCAAGGACAACAGGUGGCGUUGGAGUCCUUACCAGAGUUCACAGAUCUGGACACUGUUAAAAAGGUAUACAAAAUACCAGAUAUUGAACUCAGUAUUGGAACGGUGUUGGAGGCAGUGGUUAAUAGGAUUGCCAGCAAGGACAUAGUGUCUCUGUAGCAGAAGGAAAGAAGGAAGCAGCACAUAAAGCAGUGACAGACUUUUUCAUUUUGUGUCAUAUUUACGGCCAUAAAAACUGCAGGGUAGACACUGAAUUAUUAUAACUGUCGGCAAGGUUUUGUUUCAUUAGUGAGAGGGACAUUGUAGCAACAAAGGCACCAGUGAAGACACUCCUGUAUGAACGAAGCUUUUAAUAAUAGAGGCAUUUGUUAAAAAGACAUAAAAUUUUCCUUUUUGUUAAGAUAAACCACAUUGUUAUUUAUUACAGGGAUUUUUUUACACUCACUAAGGAAAAACACUUGUUAAACGACGCAGACAGUAACAGACAUGGC